GAAUCACGUGACCACGGCAAGAAACGGCUGUUAGGCAACGGAGUUAAGUGUAAACAAAUAUGGUGGUAUACGUCAAAAUUCCUAAAACUUGCAUUUUAAUAGUGGCUCUCAAGAUGUGCGCGAAUAAUUGGUUCUCUCUAUGCGCUCAUAAUAGAAUAAUUAGAGCUUAAAGCAUCAACAGCGAGGUGGGAAAUUUUUAAAAAUGCCGGACGAUCCGAAUAGAGAUAUUUUUACAGUAAAAGAAGGGUCCUACAUUGACACUUGCCGCAGUGAUAUAGAUUCUAGAGAACGUCAUUUCGUAUGCAAACUUGAUCGUUAUCAACUCGAAGAUAGAUAUUUGCGAUUACUCGACGAAAUACAGGGACUUAAGAAAUUGUCGAACAGUCAAGAAGAUAAAAUUAAAAGAUUAGCUACAAAGUUAAUGAGGGUUUCCGCGAAUCCUCGACUGUGUGCCACUGCCUUGGAUAUUGUUAAUGACAAAGAUCGAAUUUCUUCACUCGAAUUAGAAAAUAAAAAGUUAAAGGACAAGAUCUGCGUAUUAAAAAGUCAAUUAUUGAGUCAGAAAGCUUUGGGACGCUCGCCGUCGCGGUGCCGACGUGUUCAAACCCGAACGUCAUCUGGACCAACCACCUGCCGAAGCGAAAACGGACGUGUAAAAACGCCUUCCUGCCAAAGCAUCAUGCGUAACGGAAGUGACGACAAUGAUACUCAAAAUUAUCUCGUUAAAAUAGAGGAGCUGGAGAUGCAGAAGAAAGAAAUGGCAUCCAGAAUCACAUAUCUCGAGGACGAACUAUCGAUUCACUUAACCGGAAAUCAAAGAGAGAAAGUAGCUGAGAAUGUAGAAUACAUCCGACUGUGGCGACAGCUGAAGCAGCUUAACGACAAGUUGAUCGGCACGCAAAAUUUAAAUGACGAUCUUAACACUCAGAUUAACGAUCUGAAAAAAGUUCUUGAAGAAACAACCAAGGACAACAGAGAGAUAACUUCCGCUCUUGUAACGGAAAAGGAACGCAUGGUGGAAAUGCAUGAGCAGAUGACGAAGGCGAAGGACUCUCAACUUUCUCUGCGUGAGAAAGAUGAACAAAUUCGAGACUUGAUGAACGAGAUGAAGAUAUUGCAACAACACAAUAGCGAACUUAUUGCUCUCAGUUCGAAGUAUACUCAGGUUGAGAUUGAGAAUGUUGAGCUGAAGAAAAGGAUUUCAGAGCAGUUAUUCAAUCAUCAAUCAUUAAAAAGUGCUUUCAAUAACGAGCAAGCAAACAUCGCUGCCCUUCAGGCAGCCAAUGAGCAACUAUUGACAAAGUUACAGGAGUUACAGAAAAAUAUGGAUAGUUUAACAAUACAGUUAAAGACGUUUCAGAACCAGAACGAGAGACACGUGAGAGCGACAACGAGUGUUCAAACAAGUUCAAAAAACUUAAAUAACAGGGUCAAUGAUCAAUCCUCCACGAUGGAGGAUCGCUCUGGAACUUUGGAUAACUCUUACUCCAGUAAAAGCGAGUGCUGUCGAAAAUGCUGUGAGGAAUUCCAGAAGAAAGUCGUCUGUCUAGAAACAUCAACGAAUCACGCAAUUUCACUUCCUUUGAAAAAGAACACGGACAAAGGAGUUCAAACUCAAUUUGAAAAUACGACCAGCAACGCAACAGCGCCUGAUACACAAAUAAAGUCACCCGUAAGGACAUCCGACAAACAACAGCCUCCUAAUUCACUGAGUCGCGAAAAGAUGUUGAAACUUUUGGAGCAAGCUCAAAUUAAUACACCUCUGGAAGCACAGAACGCUGCCAGAAUUAGGCAAAUAGAUGCUACAUGCUCUACGAAUUUUUCUGGAAUUUCGGAAACUGUACAACGACAGAGCUAUACACAGAACAAGAAAAAUACUUAUAUCAAUGAAAAGUCAACAAAAAUAGGAUUAGAUAAUAUGUCACGUAAUACCCAAAAUGCUAAUUUGUCUGAACCUAAUGAAAUUUUGAAAAUCUUUUACGAAAUUCUGGGUGAAUAUAAAAAGAAGUGUAGCAAAUACGAUGAUAAUAAUAUAUUCGUCCAAGAGCAAUGUGAAUGUAAUAACGAACAAUUUUAUAAUCAAUAUGUUGAUCAUUGCGAAGUUCAAGGGACUGACCAAUUUAAUGAUCAUGUUAAUCAUUGUCCUAAUAUGUAUGAUGAGCACAGAACUAAUUUAACUGUUUAUGAUAAAUUACGAGAAAUUGGUAGACCGAAAAUAACAAAUACAGGAGAGGAUAAUAAGACGAAUAAAAAUUUACACAAGUUCAAGGAAACAGAAUGUACUUGUACUCAUAAUCAGAAGUGCAUUAUGGAUAUCGAUUCCAAUUACAAAUGCUGUCCCUCGUGCUCUUCAGAGCAUCUCGAUUCGUAUGAAAAGGAAUCCACUUCAUUAUGUUGUAAAAUGAAUUCAAGACCUUUUAAUAAUGCCGUUAGAAACAUUGCCCCAGAAAUUCAAAAAAUGUUUGACACAAUGUACAUGUCACGUCGACGAAAAAAUUCCAUGAAAUACGACGCACAAAAUAAUGCACAGUCUUAUCCAACCGAAAAUUCAAAGAAUUGUGGAAACUGUAUGAUGUACAAGACUGAUUCAUUUCCAAUGUUAAUAACGGCAGGUCAAGGCCUGAUCGAAGUUCAUGUACUGUACCUUCAACUUUCCACCGCUGCAACUCAAGCACUCUCUCUCAUAUAUAAUUUAUCGGACAUUUGUCUGUUUGUCAGCUGGAAUAUUUGGGGUCAAGAAAAGGCUUUUACGCCUAUCAUGAAAUACCCAAAGCUCAAUUUCAAUUCAUCAUCAGUUUAUCGAAUUUCCGAAAUGUUCCCAUUCUUUGAUUAUAUAUUAAACGAUAGUAUUAUAUUCCAAAUCAACGUUGUAAACAAAAAUGAUGAUGCACUGACUAUAGGUGAAGCAAAACUGUGCGUUAAAAAUAUCCUCGAUUAUCCUCAAAAUAAAAUGCACUACAUUGCAAAUGUCUUAAGCAACUUGUCAUGUAACCUUGGAAUGGAUUUUGGACAAUUAUCUUUGUGGGUUCGUUUAAGCUGUGACAUGGAUACAGUCGAUGCCUUUAAAGAUCAAAAAGGUUUACUAUCUCAAAGUGCAAAUAUUCCCACUUCAGUUACCGAUCCAAAAAUCGAGGAAGAGACUAAACAAAAUCAUCUAACGAAUUCUACAUCUCUUAUUUACAUAAAGGAGGAACCUACGAUAUUAAAUAUUCCCGCAAAAUCAGGACCUGUUAAAAAAGAAGACUCACCGUUGGAAUCGUACCUCAGUAUAUCGGCUAAUCAAAUGGAACCCCAUAGCUCAUUAUCCCACGAUAAAACUACUAUGGAAGAUGAAUAUGACACAACACCAAAUGAAAGUCGUGAAAAAUCUAAAAUAAUAAGAAAUGUAAACCUAGUAUCAACGAUUCCUAAAAAUCCCGUGAGCCUUCCACCGAAAGUGACAAAAGCGGAUGAAGUUGAGCAAAUAGAAACAUCCAGCAUAGUGGAGUUCAAUAACGUCCUCAAAAACAACCCUGGCCCUUAUCUUAAAAGAACCAACAGUGCAUUACGCGACCUGAGUGCUGUCUUUGAAGAAACUAACUGGGAUCGUUAUAGGAAAAGUUUCAUAGCAAGCAAUACACAAACAAAGGACAAUGAUAAGUACUAUGAUGAUGGAGACAUCGAGGAUAGCGACGAUUUUAUAAAUAAUACUGAGGACACCAUAACGAUAGAGAUAGUGAGUAUGACUCUAUUCAAAACUGCAAAUCUCUACAAAAGUACAGAUGUUAAGUUACUCUACGUGGAAUAUUCUUUCCUUGGCCACUAUGGCGCUGACAUGGAGACUAUUUCUGUUCUAAAACCUCUGAUAGAUAAUGGAAAAAUGUUCUACAAUUUCAAAAGGAAAUUUGAGAUAGACGAGAAAGCACAUAGCUUUCAGAGGGAAAUGCUACGCGCCAUGCUGUCCGAAGCUGCUAAUCCAAACAUAAGAUUCGUCAUUGUCAGCGAGCCACUUCCGGAAGAGAUGGACACUAAGGAAUGCGUCGAUGUUGGCUAUGCCAAUUUCAACAUCAAGGAAUACGCCAUGGGCGAUGGCUUCAAAGAGGUACCUCUGGUAAUUAUGAACACGAGACAAACCGAACAAAUUGGACUUCUAAAGAUUGCUAUUGAUGGCAUCCAGGUGAUCCAACGAUGCUUGGCAGAAGUAUUAGGAAAAUGAAACUUAAGUCUACGAAUUGUCCUAAUCAAUUGUUUUAUACUAUAUUUUUACAAGUAUUUCAAGUUUAAGUAUUUUUUUUUUAAUAAAAUUA